AUGGCAGACCAGCCGCUGCGUAGCGGCAAGACAGAUGCAGUAACGCCGCGGCAAGACGGACCCACCGGGCGCGCUUCGGGGGAGGGUUCCGAGUCCUCCUCGUCGCCUUCGCAGGCUUUCACGCCCCCAGUUCAUCCGCGCGACAUGUUUGAGGCCCUUACCGCGGCGAUGAAGGCUUCUUCGGGGCCCCCGUACCUAGAUGUCUGGCGCCAGACCAUCCAGGAGUUAUUUGCGCUGGAAUUUGCCCGCCUUCCAGUCAGCUUCGACGCGUUGCCGGCCGAACGCAAACGGUAUCCCAAGCUCACAAGUACCGAGCUGGUGAGUUUGCUGGAUUUGUUUAAGCAAUGUUUUGUUGUGACAUCCGGCCGCUACGUCGACUGGACCCGUUUAGCCCACCAGAUCAGUAAGGAGAUCCUCGUCACGAAGUGGGCGUUCAAAGAAAUCUUGCGCAAGCUGGCCAGCCGACAGAAAUGGGCUGUGGCUCCAAUCCCGCGGCUGUGGUCUCAAGUCGUGCAGACAGGCAGUGCUGCUGCACCUGCCAGUACGACAGGCCAGCAGCGUCCCGUGUUCGAUGACUUUAUGUUUGAUCCGGCACAUUUUUCGGAGGAAGAGACGACCACGCUCCGAGCCAUUUGCGCAACGCGCCUUAACUUGACAGGUACUCACCGUCUGCGCGAGGGUACAGAUGAUGAAUGGCGCAUCAUCAUUGGGAUUGCGGAAGGGCUUAUUGCCUGUCGUCGGCUGCCUGAUUUUCUCAAUUCUGUCUUCGACAGCGACGAGCGGCUUCGGUUGUGUCGGACUGUUCAGGCGCAGGUCGAGGGACAGUUAGUCUUACAACUUAGACAUGGUCGUGAUAUCCCAAUUGGACGCCGGACGACCCACGCUAUUACGGAGAAGAUUUUGGAAUCGGCGGAAAUCUUGCGGGUCUGCUUGCCGGAUCUUCACCGUUUCCUCGGGUUGGCCAAGACGAUAAGCUACAAUCGUUCUACCCGUUCAAUCCACUUCUAUUUCUUUACGCGAGCCAUUGCUAAGGCGCACCAGGAUGUCGUAGUGCCUUUUCAGGGGAGGGCGUACACGCUCGAGAAUGUUCAUCACCCGGUCAGGGGCUCGGUCUGGUUGAAUCAGCGGGGACCAGACGGGCGGUCGAGCCACCCUCGGGCAGCGUACACCAUUUUGCUGUAUAAUCUCACCCGGUUUGAUGAUAUUGGGCGCAUUGCUGCCUACCUCCGCUCCAAGAUACCAACGGAUUUUGAGCUGGAGGAUAUGGAUACCUGCACCCCGAACUCACGUACGUCCACUGCCUGGAAAGUCACCUUUCAUCUGGCGGGUUGCCCGACCUUUCUCCAAGGAGUAGUCAGACUGCUUUGGUUUGGGACCCCCAUUAUCGUCCGGCAUCCGGACUUGCGGGGGCCGGGCGGGCUGGAGGUCCACGAAGCCGAGCUUUUAGCUGUUGAAGAUCUGGCCAAACCGUUUAGUAGCCCUGAUGAAAUGCGGCAAAUGGCGCAGCGACGACUGGUUGUGCAGCAAUCAGCCGAUGCAGCGGCUCAAGCUGCGGUGACUCCGGCGGUACUGGUCGCCACUUCCAGUCCACCGCCGGCCGCCGAGCCCCAGCCAACAGGUAUACCUAUCCAAUCGGUGUAUACUACUCAUGUCGCGCACGCGGGCCCGCCUCCUCCGGCCCCAAAACCCCGGCCCGAACAGCCAUGGAUGAGACGCCCCCUUCGAGGGGGUCGUCGGCCUUGGCCCCCAGUUCAGCCUUCCCCGCCUCAGCUGAACGUCAGCAGCGGGAGUUAUCACGUUCUCCAGGAGGAUGAUAGGGCAGAGGAGGGUCCGUCUUCCCCAUUUGAAGGCAGUGUCGCCUCUGCACCUCCGCAGCCGGGGACUGGAGGCUCCUCGACUCCUGCUUUUUCGGCACGGCUGUCCCACUCUCGGCUUCUGCCGGAGGAUCAGGCCCGGAAACAAGCAGCCGGUAUUCGGGGCCCGGCGGUAGUUAUCGCGGGUCCGGCUCUCCUGACCCAGCAGCGACGGGAACGUCUGACUUGCGAAAAGCUUUUAAAGCUGCUGCCGGAUCGGCAAUGUCACUCGAUACCCAUGGAUCCUAAGCCGUUAGCGGAACCCAUCCACAUGGGCGAGCUUGUGAGUAUUCUGGGACUUCGGGAAAUAAACACUCCAGCGAACGGCAAUUGUUUGGCGAUAGCUCUUGCUCAAGCGGUGGCUGAGUCUGCCUUGACCGCCCCUACCAAGGACCAGGAGCUUCUCACGGCUUGCAUUAAACGAGGUAUCACGUGUACAGGACUCUUGAACUUGGAAGAUCAGGUCCCUCACGACUUGCGGGUGCAGGCACUUAAGAACGUGGGCCGUGGGUGGGCGUCGAUGACGCGCACAGAGUCGGCUUCUCAAUUCCGCUGGUUUUUGACGGACUUCGCGGCCACCCCAUCGGGGCGAACUUCGCAUGUGCCUACGGACUGUUGGGGGGGGCAGUGA